UGCAGUCGUAAGUAUAUUCGACCUUACCACGAGCUUCGGAAGUCAGUAGUCUCUGAUCUGGCUAAGAGUGGCAAAUCUGCCUAUCCACACAAAUUCCAUGUGUCCAUGUCUUUGGGAAAUUUUAUUGAGAAAUUUUCUUACCUGCAAGCUGGCGAGCAUCUGGACGAUGAGACCGUUAGCGUAGCAGGACGAAUACACGCAAAACGUGAAUCCGGCUCCAAGCUUAUAUUUUAUGACCUAAUGGCUGAUGGACACCGGUUGCAAAUAAUGGCCAACCUACGAGAUUAUAAAUCUCCCGAAGAGUUCCACUCUAUAAAUGACCUGCUUCGCUUGGGCGAUAUGGUAGGAUGUAUAGGAAAGCCAGGCAAAUCUAAAUUGGGUGAACUUAGCAUACUGCCUAAAGAACUUGUGUUGCUGUCACCUUGCCUCUAUCAAUUGCCGCACUUACAUUACGGUGUAAAGGACAAAGAAACACGAUUUCGUCAACGAUAUCUCGAUUUGAUCAUGAAUGAAGAUGUCCGACAACGAUUUGUGACUCGCGCUAAAAUCGUCAACUACAUUCGUUCGUUUUUGGAUGACCUGGGGUUCCUUGAGGUUGAAACACCUAUGAUGAAUAUGUUACCUGGUGGUGCAACUGCCAAGCCUUUCGUGACGUAUCACAAUGAAUUGAAUAUGAAUCUCUUUAUGAGGGUUGCCCCGGAACUGUAUUUGAAAAUGCUGGUUAUCGGGGGAUUCAAUCGAGUGUACGAAAUCGGUCGCGUGUUCCGUAACGAAGGCAUCGAUCUCACACAUAAUCCAGAAUUUACCAUUUGUGAGUUUUAUAUGGCCUACGCGGAUUUUGAGGACCUUAUGAAGAUCACAGAGGAUAUGCUCUCCGGUGAGUUGAUCCACUGGGAUCUUUUCUAUUAUGAUAGAAAGAAGAUACUGACUACUCAUUUCCACAUGAUCCUUAGGUUUGGUCAAGCACCUCUUUGGGACAUAUGUCAUUACGUACCAACCUGA